GUAAAACUUGAGAUGACAGAGCCAACCACUCCUGCACCAGUCUUAUCUGAGGGAGCCUCAAUCCAAGGACAACUGAAGCAGGGAGCCUCCAAGGACUCCCAGGUAGGGCAAGUCAGGCCCCAGAAGGGGCCAUCAGAAAUGCAGCACUACCACCUGAGAACAGACAUGGACCCCCAGGAGGAACCGCUCCCUGUGAAAAUGAGCCCUGAACAUGGUGCGCACGAUGAUCUGGGGACAGGUGAUUGUGCUUAUUCAAAGCCUCUGCAGGAACAGGUCCCUCCAGGACAUGUUCUCCAUGAUGGGGGUUCACCUGGACCAGCUAAAGAUGGUGUGACUCAUGAUGAGAGGCCUUCCUACGUCUGCAAGGAAUGUGGCAAAGUGUUUAACAAGAGACACCUCCUGGUUCAACACGAGCGGGUGCACUCUGGCGUGAAGCCCUACGCGUGCACAGAGUGUGGGAAAACCUUUAGCAAGAGCACAACCCUCCUUCAACACCACGUCAUCCACACUGGGGAGAAACCCUAUAAGUGCACAGACUGUGGGAAGGCCUUCAACCAGAGGGCACACCUUACACAGCACCACAGGAUCCACACCGGGGAGAAGCCCUACGUGUGCAGUGAGUGUGGGAAGGCCUUCACCCACCGCUCCACUUUCGUCUUGCACAAGAGGAGCCACACUGGAGAAAAACCUUUCGAGUGCAAGGAGUGUGGGAAAGCCUUUCGUGACCGGCCGGGCUUCCUGCGACACUAUACGAUCCACACCGGAGGAAAGCCCUAUGAAUGCAGUGAGUGUGGGAAGGCCUUCAACCACAGGUUCCAGAUUACACGGCACCAGCGGAUCCACGCCGAGAAGAAACACUACGAAUGUGUCGAGUGUGGGAAAGACUUCAACUACAGGUCUUCCCUGGCACAGCACCAGCGGAUCCACACUGGAGAUAAGCCCUAUGCGUGCACAGACUGUGGGAAGGCCUUCAGCCAAAAGCCGCAUCUCACCCAGCAUCAGCGGAUCCACACCGGGGAGAAGCCCUAUGAGUGCAGUGAGUGUGGGAAGACCUUUGCCCACCUCUCCACUUUUAUCUUGCACAAGAGGAGCCACACAGGAGAAAAACCUUUUGAGUGCAAGGAGUGUGGGAAAGCCUUUCGUGACCGGCCGGCUUUAUUCCGACACUACAGCAUCCACACCGGAGAGAAGCCGUAUGAGUGUGUUGAGUGUGGAAAAGCCUUCAACCGCAAGUCCCACCUCACUCAGCACCAAAGGACCCAUCCUGGGAGAGGCCCUGUCGGUGUGACGGACGUGGGGAGACCUCUCACGAGUGGGCACACCUUGCUCAACAUCCAAGGAUUGCUACUGGGAACAGACUCUUUAAACGUAACAACCGCGGAAAAUGUUUGGUCGGAGGAACCCUCUUACUCAGCAUCUGAUCGUUCAUGCCACAGGGAGAGCUCACAAGUGCCAUCCCUGUGA